CAAUGGAAAUGAAACAAAAAGUGUCUAAAUGAAUACAUAUGCACACAUAUGUAUGUGCAACAACAUUUGCAAAUCUUUGUUUAUAAUAGCUGACGCUUAUGGAUUUUAUGGUGGUAAAUAGAGCGAGAAAAGCUAGAAGCCAAGCGCGUUUUCAAUUCGGCAAUUCGUUUUUGAGCUAAAUACCCGCGAGAAGCUGCUGCCCGAACGUUUUGUGGACCUCAAAACCGAAAAGCCCCCAAUCCGAUUCACACAAUGUCCGAUGGAUCACCGCCUCCAUCGAUCUGCUUUAUCCGCGCCGCCGAAUCGUAUCCAAAAUCACAAAUGGAGAAGGAAGACUCUCAGCUGUUUGUGCCCUUCCAAGAGUUGGCCGGCGAAUCGAUCAAGUACCUGGGCCGCACCGACGACGGCGUCCUCGCCCUGUCGAACUACCGGAUAUUUCUCUCCAAGAAGUCAACCGCCUACGAGACCUACGUGCCGCUGGGCCUAAUCGAGUCCGUGCAGGUGCGCGAUCUGUUCCAGCUGAUCGUUAACUGCAAGGACGCCAGCACGGUGCGGUGCUCGUUUCAGUCGGCGGAACAGUGUGCCGACUGGCAGCGCCGGAUCCACCUGCUCAUCGGGGUUCCCGAGGCGCUGGAGACACUCUUUGCCUUUCCCUUCUAUUCCUGGACCUGCGAUGUGAUUGGGACCGGAAACGGAAGCGCCCAGGCCAACGGCAACGGGCUGGUGGCCAAGGAUCGCUCCCUAACGCUACAAAAUGGCUCGGCGAAGCCUACAGUGGCCAAUCCCCUGGCCCCUGUUGAUCCUGCCAGCGAUUCGAACCGCCUGCAGCGAUCCGUUCGCUAUGAGAGCGACUUCAAGAGCGAGGUGGCCCGCCUCGGGUUCGAUCUGAAGGGCUCGUGGCGCAUCUCCACGGCCAAUGCAGACUUCAAGCUCUGCCCCUCGUAUCCACCCAAAUUGCUGGUGCCCUGCUGCAUCACCGACGAGAUGCUCCACAACGUGGCCAACUUCCGGGGAUCGCGAAGGCUGCCAGCGGUCGUCUGGCGGCAUCAGAAGUCGGGUGCCAUUCUGGCUCGCUGCAGCCAGCCGGAGGUCGGUUGGCUCGGCUGGCGGAACACAAGGGACGAGCAGCUGCUGAAGGCACUGGCCGAUGCCUGUGCCUUCGACAGGGGAGAGCAUGCCAGGCAUUCCACCAUUGCCGCUGAGACAAAGGCGACGCAACCAACAAAGGGAUCCUCUUCCAAGGAGACCAACGGCCAGGCGGCAGGCUUGUCCGGCAAGAGUUCACCGUCUCUGGACGAUUCCUCGCACGAGGAACUUACGCUCGAUGAAAUAAAGAAAAUUCUCAUUGUGGACGCUCGUAGCUAUACAUCCGCCGUUACAAAUCGCGCCAGAGGUGGCGGCUGUGAGUGCAUCGAGUACUAUCCUUGUGCGGAAAUUGAGUUUAUGAACCUGGGCAAUAUCCACGCCAUCCGAAAGAGUUUCCACGCCGUCCGGCAGCUGUGCGCCUCAUCGCCCGACGAUCCAAAUUGGUUCGGACAACUGGAGAAGACGAUGUGGAUGCAGCAUCUUUCGGGUCUGCUGGGUGCCACCAUGACCGUUGUGCACACUAUCGAGAAGAAUGGACGGCCCGUACUAGUGCACUGCUCAGAUGGCUGGGAUCGCACUCCCCAGAUCGUGGCUACGGCGCAGCUCUGCUUGGAUCCGUACUACAGGACUGUGGAGGGCUUUCGCGUGCUUGUGGAGCGCGAAUGGCUGAACUUCGGCCACAAAUUCGCCGAUCGCAGCGGCAAUGGUCCCAACUCCGACGAGGUCAACGAGCGAUGCCCGGUUUUCCUGCAGUGGCUCGAUCUGGUGCAUCAAAUACACAGACAGUAUCCAUGCAGUUUUGAGUUCAGCAUAAGCUAUUUGAUCAAACUGGCGCAACAUUCGCUGUCCUGUCUAUUCGGCACGUUCCUAUGUAACUCGCUCAGAGAACGCAUCGAGAAUUCAGUUUUCGACCGAACGUUUUCGGUGUGGCCAUUUUUAGCGGAAACUAUGUAUAGAAAUCCUCUCUAUAAGCAUGAGACUGAAAAGGUUCUUUGGCCGGCGCACAGUGUGCGGUUUUUAUACUUUUGGUCGGACGUUUACCUUGGUAGUUUAGGCAACAAAAACGGCACUGAUCUGCCAUUACUGAGUAAUGAACGACAGACUGGACACAAUAAUGGCCUAAUGGCGAAGACAAGAUCUUCGGAAGACUUAACAACGAACGAGUUGGGACAGAGCACCAUUUCGAGGAGAUCGAGUGAUCCGAACCUUACAGUUGAAUCCAUUGUUACAGAUUGCUUCAAUGCGAACAGCAACUCCAUGUUCGACAUACGAACCGAGAGCGAAAAUGUCCAGGAAAGCGCGAAAGACCCCAAAGAAUUUGAGCUGGACGUGACGGAUGCAACUGAAGUGGUUCUGGGUCCCAGUAGCCGUUCAAAUAAUCCCAUUCCCGAGUUCCAUGGCGACCAAAGUACAGCAGCUGCUAACCGUGAUAUAUUGCAAGUGGAAUCACAAUCGCAAAGGCCAAGUUCCUUGGUCUCCUCAACCGGGCGAGCUGUUUUGGCUCACUCUGAAAACGAUCAAAAUCCAGUUCCUUUAAAAUCUGAAGACACAAGUGAUAUUUGUCGCACUCUGUGGGGGAAUGGCGCCAUCGAAACCAGCACUGAUACCCUGAUUCCUGCGGAGCCCGUACAAAAGACGAACAGCAGCGACAAGACCGACAGCAGCAGCAGCAGUAGAGAUCGAGAUCGAGUUCGAGAUCGAACGCCGCCGAUCGAACUGGCGAUUGGUGAUAAAACUGCUCCCGCUGCUCCCCAAAGCAAUAAAAUCAGUCAUAGCUACAAUAAUUUGCCCAAGGUUCACAUGAAACCGAAUGCCGUGAUAUGCCCGCAGCGAGGGGACGCCUUUCCGCAUCACCUGGACCUACAAGUGCCAAGGGAGAGUGCGGCAAACGCAACGAGCUGCAAGCUGGAGAAGUUGUCGAAUGCGAAUGCGAAUGCCAAUGGAUCCGAAUGUUACCACCACCAUGCUGAUGAAGGUCUAUUUAUAUCUCCCGAUCUCCAGCGAUUCGUGGGUCAGUCGCCAUUCGAUGCGCCCGCGGCGCAGGGCGGUCGAAUACGCCGAAAUACCUUUGGCUCCAGCUACAGUCGCGACUUGAAGUUUACAACAGAGAACGGCAGCGCACACCAAUUUCCUUCGUCGGGGAUCAUUUCGCUGCCACCCACACCGUUUCAGGAGAGGGCGCAGUUCACUAUAUCCUGCCCCGAUGGCCUGGCUCACGGACUCAGCGAACAAAACAUAAGACUCCACCAGAUCGUACAAGAACACAAGCUACGAGAGGAAAUGCUUCUGCGGGAAAUUCACGGCAUGCGAUUGGCACUGUUGGAAAAGGGCUGCCCCAGCUGCAAUAGCAUCGUUUCGACAAAUAUGGAACAUGAAAAUGGAUCGGAUAUCGUUGAAAAUGCUUCAACAUGUUCCUGGGAAGCCGUCGAAGAGCGUAGCGGUCCCCCAUCGUUUGCCCACCCUUCCUCGAUCCAAGAGAAAAAAGCCUCCAGUGUCCUCUGGGUACCAGAUCAUGCCGUUUCGCGUUGCUCUAGUUGUCAAACUGAGUUCUGGCUGGGACGAAGAAAACAUCAUUGUCGAUCAUGUGGAGAAAUUUUUUGUGCUGACUGCUCGGAAUUUUGGGCGCCUUUGCCAAACGAAAAGCUUUUUAAUCCAGUUAGGCUAUGUGGAUCUUGCUACACGACCGUCACAACAAAUGUCCAAGAGUACGCUGCCGUACCUCCAGAAUCCCAAUCCCAGGUGAAGGACGAAGAGACGUCGUCUUCUGCAAAUUCCUAAGAGCUUUUCCCCAAUUAUUUUAAGACUCCUCUGUUGUAUCAAUAUGUACAUAUUAUUACUCAAAAUAUUUAUUGCAUAUGUGUUAGCACCAUAAUAGCGAAAAAUUCAUCUGUGCGUUUAUAUAGAACACGAAAUUAUACAAUUUUGUUAGAAAUAUAUAUGUGGAUAUAUGGAAACAAUUGUAAAUUCAAAUACAAUCUUUAAACGAAA